GCCGUCUCCACCACCACCUACCCACGCACAUCCUCUCAAGACGAUCACGUGCUUCUGUCACGCACCUGAGAGAGAAAAGGACAGUGAGACGGAUUCAGAUACAAAGAUACGAAGACAGAAGACAUAAUUUGAUAUCGUCUUGGUGCCGAGUGAUGUUCUGAGUCCCCCUCGUUAGUGAGGGACUGCUUAUUAGAGUAGUAGUAGGGUGAUUCGACUGUGGUGGUUUUAGUGUGAGCCAGUCAGGCCACUCUCCUGUGAGCGCCUACGGUCAAAGCUUCUGAUUGGAUGAUGUUUACGCUACGGUUAUCAUUGGCUAUAGUGAUCACGUGCGUCUGCUGGGACAUCGCGACUACAAAUCUUAAGAAUUCAAAUGUUGUCGAAGAUGUUGACUACAUGGAUGACCUUAGAGAAUACUCAGCCCAUCAUGCAGACGACGCCAGCGCCAAGUACACAGCUCGACUCAACAAGAUCGACAUGAUUGACGACUACCCCCACGACGAUGAGUACCACGAUGACCGCUACGAUGACGGCGAUGAUGCUGACGAAGAUGAUGAUGAUUACGACGAAUACGAUGAUGACGAUGAUGAAGAUGACGAUGAUGAGGACGAGGAAGGGGGUGGAUGUGGAGGGGGUGAUGAUGCUGAUGAGGAAGAGACAACUAUGAACCCGGUACAGGAGGUUAUAGAGGAGUUCUUCACCAGAUGAACAUAAGCAAGAUUUUGAUCUGUGAAUCUGUUCAAGCGGGUUGUUAUUGUUGAUGCUGUCGAGAUAAUAUCAUUUACGGCGUUGCAAGAGGGCAAUGAAUGUUAGGGGGAUCAUCUGUGAUCCCUAUAUAUAUAUAUAUAUAUAUAUAUAUAUAUAUAUAUAUAUAUAUAUAUAUAUAUAUAUAUAUAUAUAUAUAUAUAUAUAUAUAUAUGUUGUCCUGUUGUUCAGUUGCACACAAUGUUGUUCACUUGCUUACCUUGUUGUUCAUCUGUAUGAUACCAAAUGCACGUCAUGGCCUUCAACUGAACAUCAUGCUGUUCACUUGCACACCAUGUCGUUGAAUUGCACAUUAUUUUGGGUAGAGGCACCACGUGACAAAGGGUAUUGUUAGCAGAUGUGCUUGUGAUGUUCAAAUUUGCACUCCCAUGAUUGAACAAAAUCACAAGGAAUGUGUUCAUUAAUGUUUAACGUGUAUAUGACCUGUAAACUAUAAAUAUUUUUCAACCCAUUUACUAAGAGUUCACACUGGUCUGUCACUGUCUCUGUCUGUCUGUCUGUCUGUCUGUCGAGAGAGAGAGAGAGAGAGAGAGAGUGUGUGUGUGUGUAUGUUUGAGAAUGGCUGCUGUAGUUCAUGAGCACAACACCAGGGGAAACAAAAACAUCAACUUAUAACUCAACAAUCUUUCUUUCCCUGAAUGCUAUCUCCUGAUGGGUUACUUCACCCUCUCGUCUGAGUGGCUCAGAAGCAUGUGGUGCUAAAUCCUGCUGUACAAUAAACGUUAUUUGAAGCCUAAUUACCUAGCCCAGUAAAGAGGUUAGUAAACGGUUUCGUUGGCAGUAAAGAGAACCAAUCAGAUCUCCUUGAGAGAGUAUGAUAGGUACUCCGUUUCCUCUCCUCUGUAACAGCACAUAGCAUUGCAUUGCUAAUCCUCAGCAAAGAUUGCACUCUCAGGGUUAAUGACACCUUACUGUGUGGCAACGCAGCAGAUUACAUUAGAGGUUAAAGAUAACAAUUAGCUAAGUCUUGAUUGGUCAUCAAAUUACAACUUAGUAUUUUAUGCAUUAUCAGAUAAUAAAGUAUAAUUAUCUUUACUUGCAUUAGUAAUCAUAUGAAUUUGUUUAUUUAUUGAUGGCUUUGUAGUAACUGUAAAACUUUCAUACAAUAAUUGUAUUAUUGAUGUAUUGAUACCCGUAUAUCAAUACAUCAUUAUCUGGCAAAUCUAUCUGUCAUUUGUGGCUACUAUCUGGCAAAGCAGAUGCUCUAGUCACGUUUUUUAUGAUAUUUGAAAAACGUUUUCUGUGUUGAUUGAUUGAUUGUAACUCAUAUAUCGAUUGUUGAUUGUAUGGUUGCUUGUAUGUCGAUCGUUGAGGCUCUCUUGGUAUUUACUACAGAGUUAACAUGAACGGAAACGCUCAGAAAUUUUAUUUUAAAGUAAUUAUAUCAAUGAGUUUAGAACGAGUUCGUGCAGCGCUUAAGAGGUCGUAAGGUGUUUGGUAACUACCGACUAAGUCUCGGUAAUCGGAAUAAAGAGCUGCCGAAUGGAAUGGAAUUAUUAUGGGAAAUUACCAAGCCAUUACAACUAUAUAGCAUUUGGAAGGGAUCAGGAUAAGUAUUUGGGAUGGGACGGUGGGAAGGAAUGGUGCCCAACCACUUGGACAAUCAGGGAUUGAACGCCGACCUGCAUGAAGUGAAACCCAGAUCUGUAUUUGUUCCUAGUCUGCUAUUGUAAGCGUGUCCACACCAAUAAACACCAGUAACACUCGAGUAUAUUGCAACAUUAUACCGGUAAACAGUGCUAUACUAUACCGGUAUAUAUAAUGCACUAUAAUCCGGUAUAUAAUCUAUUUUGUCUACUAGUAGUGUUUUCGCGAGUUGAUUGUUAAUGUUUGCAACAUUAGCAGGACCGAAUUAUCUGUGGCCUAGUACUUUAAAAACUGAUGUUGAGUAAUUCUUUGCAUUACGUAUUAAGUGUUUAAAAUUAUAAGGCAAUAUUUGGUAGUUAUAGAUUGUGAAAUCACUUAUUGUUCAACUGUAUAUUAACUGCAUUUUAUAAUAAAUUAGCUGUGCUUUUA